AUGGCUCCCCCACAGUUAGGCGCGACAUUUGUCCCCGGCGGCUUCGAUGAUUAUUAUAUGCCAGAAGUCGUUGCUCCCUCCCCUCAAAGGGUAACCCCUCAGCGCAUGGAGCUCGAGGCUACUUCUGUUGAACCACGAUCACAAACCGAUUCAGGCCCAGGCCCUCGUCACUCUCGUGAACCGUCGCUCUCUACUUACACCAACCCUCGGGGAGCCGACCCGCCUAGGCCCCAGCCUGCAACACAGGUCUUAAGCGACGACAUCCGAGCAUACCAGUCCACCGAUAAGAUCUCCGAGAGUCUCAGCACCAUGAGCUUCGACGCCCCCUCAUUUUCGCCUUUUCCCAAGGUAAAGGGCGAUAACAUCCCCCCAACCGACGAGGAAAAGGAAGAGAUUCUCUGGAACGCGCGCAAGCAUGUUCUUCACUCACAGAAUGUUUCAAUGCAAAUUACCUGGGCGCGCGACGUCCUUACUUGGGCCGACAUUUCCCAAGAGUCCAUGAUACGCGAAUAUGGCGAAAAGGCCCGACCUGCUACGCCCCGCAUAGAACACGAACUCCGAGUCGAUGCAAUCAACAUUAUUACCUACUUGUCGCAGCAAGAACACCCUGAAGCACUGUACAUGCGCUCAAAAUGGCUCGAAUUUGGCAAGUUUGGUAACCGUGUCGACAAGCGUGAGGCUUAUAUCGGCUACAAGCGCGCCGCAGAACUCGGCCAUGGACGAUCCGAGUAUCGCAUGGGCAUGUUGUACGAGCAGUCCAAUGAUAUGUCUAAGGCGAAGGAGCAUUAUUACCGUGGUCUUUCCCUCAAGGAUUCGGCUUCAUUGUAUCGAAUGGGCAUGAUGAGUCUUCUAGGCCAGCAUGGCGAGACGAAAGAUUACUCGACUGGCCUGGAGCGGAUACAGGCGGCGGCCGACAGCUCCGACGAAGACGCUCCUCAGGGUGCUUAUGUUUACGGUAUGCUCAUAGGACGCGACCUACCAGACAUAACAAUCCCCGAGGGCUUGUUACCCAACAAUCCGUUGACAACAAAGAUGUAUAUCGAGAAGUCAGCUUAUCUUGGGUUUGCUAAGGCCCAACUCAAGAUGGGACAAGCAUACGAACUCUGCCAGUUCGGAUGUGACUUCAACCCGUCUUUUUCUCUUCACUACUACGGCCUAGCAGCUAAGCAAGGUCUUCCCGAGGCAGCCCUCGGUGUGAGUCGAUGGUUCCUCUUUGGCUAUGAGGGCGUUUUCAAGAAGAACGAGUCGCUCGCGUACAAGUAUGCUCAAGAGGCUGCUGCCGCUAAGCUACCGACAGGAGAAUUCGCCUUGGGCUACUACAACGAGAUAGGAAUCCAUGUUGAAAAGAGCUUAUCAGAAGCUCGAAAGUGGUAUCAGCUCGCCGCCGAUCACGGCAAUCAAGACGCCCUUGGCCGACUUGAUUCACUGGACGAGAAUAACACUCUGUCCAAAUCUGACCACGAAACUACUACACUGACCCGCAUCAAGUCGCAACACGGAUCUCAGCGAGGCAAGCGCCCCGAUCGCUUCAAGCAGCCACAACAAAUGCCUACUCUCAGUGAAGGAAGCGCCCCUGCUUCACCUUCACUGGACGGACCGGGCUACCCUAAGCCACAAGAUCCGCAGUCCAAUCCUUCUCUCGGGAUACGGCCCACCAUCGUCUCGGAGCACGUCAACUUCCCAGACCCAUCGCGAGCUUCUUUUGUACUCCCGGCGGCGGCGGACAGACCUCCUGCCUUCAACGUUCGAUUGGAUGCCAACCAAGGCCCAGUGCGACCCCAAUCAGCAGCUCCCUACCCCGAAGAUGACCGGCCACCACCCUUGACAGUUCGUUCCAAGUCGACCGCGCCUUACCCGGAGGACGAUACCCAAGGUCCUACUUCUCCUCGUUUCAAUCAAGGCGGACGCAUGGGACCCCCUCCAGGGCCCCCUUCAGAUCGCCCAUCAAGUGCUUUUGGCAUCAAGCCCCAAUCAGGUGGUCCUCGACCUAUGCCACAAUCUCAAUCGAUGGGCAAUCUUCACCCUGGAGGUCCAGGAGGUCCUGGCCGACCUGAUCCCCGCAACAGAGCUGCAUCCACUGGAUGGGAGGGCCAACAAGGCCCCGGGGGACCCGGAGGACGUCCUUCUCCUUAUCCAGAAGACAACGGGGCACCUCUCAAAACUAUGAACGCUUCUCGCGUGUACCUGGAGCUAGUGGGCGCCCCGAGCGUGGGAGCUCUCUUCCCCAGAAUCAGCAGCAGCAGCAGCAGCAGCAAUUACCACCUCAGGCGAACCGACCCCCACGUACAUCAAGUGCUCAACCGCCAAUGGUGUCUGGUGGUGCUGGCCCAGGCGGCAGGCCGUCUCCAGGACCUUAUGGCGGACCUCAAGGGGGGCCUCAAGGGGGCCCAACUGGUCCUCCAAGGACUGGGAGCGCACCUCCGUCACAAUUUCAGCGGCCCGAUAACAGACCGAGCCCUGCUCCCAGCGCUGCAACGAUGCCACCAAAGGGAGCAGGUAAACAGGGACCUGCAACGUUUGAAGAUAUGGGUAUUCCACAAGGAAAGCAGGACAGUGACUGCUUGGAAACCGGAUGAAGGGGCAUCUUUUUGGAGUCGAGCUCGCGGACGGAAUGCAUUUGCGCUGGGCUCGGAAGGUUGGUUGCGUAAAAACGCUGAAUAUUUGGGUAUCGAGUAUUGUAAGCUAUUUCAACAAAUCUUUAUCAUCCAUCAUUCGAUCGACGACCCCGAGACACAAGUCUCUUCCACCGCCAAUAUGGCAUAUAUCGAUCAGGGAUUUCAGCUGCAGUCCCUGAAUCCUGCUGGACAGGCACACAAUCCCUUCUCUGCAGACCCAGAGGUACAAUCUGACCAUGCGAACCAAUCGGUAUCUGAAUUUGGGCAGAGUAUAUUUGAGGAGGUGAUUAGCCGCGCCUCUUCGGAUAGCUCCCAGGCUCCAGUACCGCCCCCUGACGGUGGAUGGAGAGCGUGGUGUGUUGUUUUAUCCACACACUUAGUCUAUAUGAAUACUUGGGGCUGGGUAAACUCCUUUGGUAUUUUCCAGGCGUACUACGCCGAAAAUCUAGGUCUUUCAGCAAGCAAGAUUUCGUGGAUCGGUUCCUUCAGCGUUUUUCUCCUCUUCUUCGUCGGCACCUUGACAGGCCGUCUUGUUGACGCUGGAUAUUUCCGCUGGGUGUUUGCCUGUGGUAUUAUCUUCCAGGUCACGGGUAUCAUGGUCACUUCGUUUUGUACUGACUACUGGCAUUACUUUGGUGUCCAAGGCGUUCUCGUUGGUCUCGGACAUAGCUGUCUGUUUUGCCCCGUAUUGGCAGUACUGUCAACGUUCUUUGCUAGAAAACGUGCUUUGGCCAUGGGAGUCGCAGCAUGUGGAAGUGCAACAGGAGGUGUCUUGUUUCCCCUCCUGGUUCGAGGUCUUCUUCAAAAGGUAGGUUUUGGCUGGACUCUGAGAAUCGUGGGUUUCGUGCAGCUUUUCCUUCUACUGAUCGCACUGGUUCUUGUUAAGCCUCGGCUUCGACCACGUCGAUCUGAUUCCCUGAUCGAUUUCUCUGCCUUCAAAGAUAUUGAGUACGUUUUGUACGUCACUGCCUCAUUCUUUACUUGCCUGGGGGUUUAUCUUGCUUACUAUUUCAUGGCAGCUUUCUCUCGCACCGCUAUCGACCCGCCCUUUACCUUCGAUCAGUCUCUCGAUCUUCUCAUGAUUCUGAACGGUGUUGGCGUUAUAGGUAGAGUGCUCGCCAAUUGGACAGCUGAUUACAUCGGCGCCGUCAAUGUCUUCGCACCACACUCCUUCUUUGCUGCAGUACUACUCUAUUGCUGGAUGGCAGUGACCAACAAGCCAAGCCUGUACGUAUGGUCCGUCUUCUAUGGUACUCUCGCCGCCGCGAUAGAGAGCCUCUUCCCCACCGGCAUCUCUCUGCUGACUGAGGAUUUGAACAAGAUUGGUGUUAGGAUGGGAAUGGCCUUCACGAUUGCUAGCUUUGCUUCCCUCGCGGGACCACCUGCUGCAGGUGCGAUUAUUGAUGCGGAACAUGGCUUCAAAGGCGCGCAGGCGUUUGCUGGUACAGCUAUGUUGUUGGGUGCGGUGUUUCUGGUUGCAGCCAAGAAGAAGAGGAUGGCUAGACUCGGAACUGGAUGGUUUGAUAAAUGCUAA